AUUUCUAUAUGAUCCGGGGCUACAGGUCAAAAGAGUUUUUUUUUAGGAUGUCAAAAGAGUAUUCUAAUAACUGCCAAAAAUCCUGUAAAAAACAUUUAAAACCUUUUUAGGCAAAAAAAAAUUAAAUUAAGAGGCCUUAAUCAAGGGCGAUACCGAUAUGGAUGCGCACCUGCCCCUUCCUCAAAGCCCAGAACCCCAGACCGGACCACCAACCCCACCGCCACCGCCAUGGCCGGCGGCGAGCAGCUCCUAGUCCAAGAGUCCGCUGUCCCAGUCAUCUCCAGCGGCGCCGACUCGUCAACCCCGGCCGUUCGACUGGCCCACUUCCUCCACCCCCGCGCGGGCGCCGGCCAGCGCCCCCCUCUACCCCCUCCGCCCCGCAACGCCGGCCCUAUUCUCACCGACGGGCUCCAGGUCGAGUUCAAGGGCUGGGCGGAAGCUCCAAAUCUGUGGACGCGGUGGGUGGCCAAGCUCCGCCCGCGGUGCGAGCCCCUGUGGCGGAAGCUUGGGAUCCAGGACGCCGUCCUCGCGACCACCUACCGGGUGCGGCGCGACGAGCGCGCGAUGCUCCAGCUCGCCGCCAUCUGGUCCGCCGAGACCAACACGUUCGUGUUCCCCUGGGGCGAGGCGACGGUGACGCUGGAGGACGUGGCCGUGCUCGGGGGGCUGCCCUUGCUCGGCAGGCCCGUGCGCGCGCCGCCGAAGGGCGCGCUUCGCGAGGAUGUGGAGGCGCUCGAGGGCGUUCGCCGCGCGCUCUACCGGAGCGACAGCCAGAGACCGGACCACUCCGCGUGGGCGAUGCCGUUCCUUGAGCCCCCGGCAGGAGAGGGGCCCGCCGCGGGCGACGGCGGCGCCACCGGGUUACUGGAGCACGGGGCGUUCCUGGCCAUGUGGCUGUCGCUCUUCGUGCUGCCGGCGCCGCCGUUCGACGUGGUCCGGGCAGAGGUGCUCCCCGUCGCCGCCCGGCUGGCGCGCGGCGGCUGCGUGGCGCUCGGACCCGCCGCUCUCGCCAGCAUCUACAGCGACCUCUCCGCGCUGAACCGCUACAUCAAUCUGGACAAGAGAUACCAGCCGUUCGUGGGGUGGGCGCCGCUGCACAUCCUCCAGCUCUGGGUCUUGGCCAGGUUCCCGGAGCUUCGCCCUGAAAUGGCGACCACUCUCGACCCCGUCGCCCGUCACCAGCCUUGGGCCGCCCGGUGGCACCAAGUCCACAAGGUAAUUGACCCCAUAAAUCUUCACAGAGUGUUCAUGUUGCCAAUGGAGUUUGAGUGGAGGCCCUAUGGAAGCUUCACCUUUGCUCCGUCUCCCAAGAAGAGUUGCUCUUGGGUUCAUGGCCGGGACAUGGCAAGAAGUCUACAACUGCUAUCCUUUGCACAGUGUCUGCGUGCUUGCGAGCUUGUAGGCAUGCGCUGCAUUGAGCAGUACAAUCCUCAUCGUGUUGCAAGGCAGCUUGGCUUCGAUCAGGACGUGCCUGGGUCUGUUGCCCGUGUUAACUCAGACUGGAAGAUUGCUUGGGGAACAUACUUUAUGGAGCCUAGCAAUUUCGCCUUCAUCGUUCCGCAGUAUACGCUGGCUGUGACGUUUGAGUACACACGAUGGUGGAGGCCGUACACUUCUGGGUGUGAUACUGCCAUUGAUAACAACGUAAAUCCGAAAGAAUUUCCUGUUUUGGUUGGCCCAAGGGACAAAAACAUGGAGGUGCUUCAUGAUGAUAAUUCGGGCAAGAAGCAGCAUGUGCUCCCAGGGAUGUCUCGGCCAGAUACUUUUGAGGGUACCCUGGAACAUCUUGUGGAAGUUGCCCGGUCAGCACAAAUUGCGGAUAAUUCGACCCUGAGAUGUGUAAGAAAGGGCACACAAACUAAAAAUGUGAAACAAGCUUCACCUGCUGUCUUCGCUAAACAGAAUAGCAGCUCAGAACAUGGUGAAGUAGCUCCCCGUCACCUUGUCAAGCGAGCAGUAAGCACAACCAACAGAAAAGCUAUUGGGGCAACUGUAGGUCAUGUGCAGCCCAGUCUUGAAGACAUCGUGGUGAUGCUUGAUGAAGAGUUCGACGAAUCAGUGGGCAAGGAACAUGAGGUAGGUGCAACUGUAGGUCGUGCGCAGCCAAGUCUUGAGGACCUCAUUGUGAUCAGUGAUGAAGAGUUUGACGAAUCAGUGGGCAAGGAACAUGGGGUGGGUGCAAUGCCGAGGGAAGGUAAUGAAAAAGCUAAUGAAGAUGCAUCAGCAUCAAACCAACAAUCAGAUACCCUUAUGGAAGACUGCACAGUGGUCAACAGGAAGAGCUCAGGAAAUAAUAAGAUGUAUUCUUGCAAUCCAGUAGAUGCAAAUCCUGAACUGGUCAAGAGGGUUUCAACUAAAACACUUUACUACCUUAGACCAAUUGGGCCCGUGAAAGAUGCUCAGGAAAGAGAUGCAACUGGAACGAAUACGGAUCAAGGAGCUUACCUACCAAGACGUGAAGUUGGGGCGAGGGAAAUGAUUGAGGAGGCUUCUGCUGCUCGAGAAGCUGAAAAGGUUGUGUUGCAAAAAGUAAUUGAUUCUCUGAAGGAAGAGAUUGCAGCAGCACAGGCCCUUGGGGCCUUGAGGGAUGGAAGCCCCUCAAAAACCUGAGGCGUGACUUUACUUGGUACAGGUUUGUUGCUAGACUUCGGUAUCAGCUAUAAGCUGAUCUUCUUGGCCUUUAGAUUAACUUUGGUUCCUUGGGCCCUUCAUCGUAGUCUGUCCAUGUGGUGAAACCGACAUUUACGCGUCCGGGGAGAGGGGGAGGGAGGAUGGAUGAAUGCUCCAAGGCUGGCAAAGGAGGAACAUGACUAUCUACGAGGCAACGCUUGCAGACAUUAAGCAUCGGUCGGCACCUCUUGAUGUGUGCGGUCGUCUCGUGCGUUUAGCGCUGCCCACAUGACACAGUGAAGUUCAUAUGAUUCAUGUGGUUGUGUCUCAGAACCGAAUAUACUCGCAGGCUACUGAUACAAAGAUGGUUUUCUUCCUGCAGCGACGGAAGGACCAAUGACCAGAUCCAGAGGUUGAAAUUAGGGGAUGCACAAAGGAGAGUUAAUUCUGAGAGAAAUUAACAGUAGUGGUAGAUGAUAAUGUUAUCUGUAGUUCUGUGAUCUGCUUGAUGGCUUUAAUGAAAAGCUGGCCCUGUUUGGCUGUCUGCCUUUCAUGCAUGAGAAAUCAAGUGCUCUAUGCUGAGAAUGAAACUGUCGACGGAUAUAAGAACAGCUUAUGCCUAAAAACUGCAAGUUAGUAAGCUAGGCGCAUGUGUUUUUGAUAUUAUUAUGAUACUAUGAUUGCUUA